AGGAAACCCAAAUAAUCGAAAUUGAAGAAAGAAACCCUAAUAAUCGAAAUUGAAGAAAGAAACCCUAAUAAUCGAAAUUGAUUGCAGAAUCGGAGAGAGGAAAAGGCCAAGGAUGAUGACGGAGGAGGAGGAGGGGAGUAAGAAGAAGAGGGUGGUGACGGAAUCGCUGGGAUGGCUAACGGAGUCGUCGAUAAUGCCGAAGAAGCACCGAGCCAUAGCGGGCGUCGGGGCAUCGUCGAUCCUGGAAUUGAAAGCCGAGCUCUACAAAUCUCAGGAAGAUUCCAAGAAAUCAAGGGAAUUAGCAGGCCCUGAUGUCGAGUACCAACGCGCUAAGAACAAGAUUACAUCCAAAGAUCCCUUCUCCGCUAAGAACUCUGGUGUCGAUGCACGUGCUCACAAGGACAAACUUGAGUUGAAAGCAGUUAAUGAUGGUUCAGUUAGUUAUGCAGCAUUGGAGAGAAAGGCUAAGUUGUAUGAUAAGUUAGUGAAGGGAGAAUUAUCUGAUGAAGAGGAUGAAGAAAAGUAUUGUGUAGAUUUUUUCCGCAAGGGCAUUGAGCAUGAUGAUCAUGAUGGUGAUGUCUCUCAGACUCAGAAUGUGAUGCUACAAAAUGAAGAGCCUGAUAAUGAUGCUUCUGUGCUGUUUAACUUGAAACCCUUCGGACCUGGACGAACAGCUGGAACAGUUGACAGUACUGAGCAUAAGCGCAAUAUUAGGGAAGUUCAUGAAGAAGCUAAUAGAGCAAGGGAAAAGGCUUCUGAAAUUAAACAUCGCAGACAGGAGCAGGUAGCUGCUCAUCGUGAGAAACUUAAACAAGCUUAUCUUCGGAAGAAGCUGGAGCAACUGAAAGCCACUUCCAUUGGAUCAGGACCUGAGAUUAAGCACACAUGAUGACUGCACCAAUUGUUGUGCGUAAUUUAUGAAGGCCAAUGUAUGUGAAACCAAGACUUGGCAUGAGGUGAAAGCAGACCAAGAACUGUCAUUAUUCAGUGAAGCUGCAGCAUUGGUGUAUGAAUGUCUGACUGCUUGUGAUGAAAAACAACUGCCUCAACCCUCAAGAAACAAAAAAUGAGAGUAAAAGAAAAAGGGGAAAAUGGAGGCAAAAGAAACAACACUUUUUACCCCCUUUGUAUAUAAUGUAAUUUGACCAUUGCUGUUCACAUGAAAUAUUGAUUUGACCUUUGAAAAGCACUGGCUUUCACUCUCUUUCCUCGGUUUUGU